AUGGUGCGGACGAACGCCAAUGAAGAUCGAUACACCUUCUUCGUUGAGUGGUACGAUCAGACUGCCGAACUGUUCAGGCGGUAUCAACUGACAUACUUCCUUCGCGAUGGCACCUUGGAAAUGUACGACAUCAAAAAUCGUCGCCCGUUCCUCAAGCGCUGCGAGUUCCCAGGGGUAACUGCGGAGGACCUUUCCAUCGGUUCUACGAUUACCGUGUACUCCAGGCAGUUGAAGAUCGUGGAAUACGCGGAUGAGUUCACUCGAACCAAGCUGGAGACUUUGAAGGGACGCACACUGGCCAUGAUCAAGCCAGAUGCUUACAACCAUAUAGGGGAGAUAUUGACUGCUAUCGUGAAGGCUGGGUUUGUCAUCAAGAACCUCCGAAUGUGCAAGCUAGACCGUCGGGCCGCGGAGGAGUUCUAUCGUGACCAUAAGGGGAAGAGCUUUUUUGAUGAUUUGAUCAGAUUCGUUACAUCCGAUGCUGUUGUGGCAAUAGAACUGUGGGGGGAUGGCGCUGUGACCAAAUGGAGGCAGCUGGUUGAAGGAGAUCUACGCCCGAGAUUCGGAACUGAUGCCACUCGAAACGCAGUGCAUGGCAGUGACUCAGCCGAGAACGCUACUCGAGAGAUUGAUUUCUUCUUUGGCAGCAACUCCCCGGCUGAGGAGACUGCGAUCUUCAACAACUGCACUUGUUGCGUCAUCAGGCCACAUGUUGCGAAUACACCACAAGUUGGAGAAAUAGUACAGAGGGUUCUGGAUAACGGUUUCGAAAUUGCUGCUAUGCGCUGGUGUACCUUGGACAAGCGUUCAUCUGAGGAGUUCCUCGAGGUCUAUAGUGGAGUCCUCCCCGAGUACACGAUGCAGGUGAACGAUCUCUGUGGCGGUCCCUCACUGGCCCUUGAGAUACGGCAAGAGUCUGCUGUGGAAGCCUUCAGAAAGUUCGUAGGGCCCCAUGAUCCUCAAAUCGCCAAGGCCCUCAGGCCAGGCACACUGAGAGCCGCCUUUGGCAUCGAUAGAGUGAAGAAUGCUGUACACUGUACGGAUCUUGAAGAGGACGGUCAGCUGGAAGUCGAGUAA